AUGGGCUGGUUUCUUGACGUAUGGCAACGCGUGUGGGAAAGCAUCACCGAUAACAGAGGCAAACUCACUGCGACUGGCGGCUUUCUGGUCGGCAUUAUCCUCACAUUGACCUUCAAGGACUUGUACCCGGACUUGGAGUUGGCAUACCAGCGGCGAUUGCGACGUUUUCGUGGCGGCGUCCCACAUCCUCUGCCUGGUCAGCCGGACUAUGUGCGAUUGGAGGACCACACGAAUCGCAAGCCGUCUGUGCAGCAAGAGGGCAGUCAUGACCCUCAUCAGCUAGCACCCGUGGUAUCGCGAGAGGAAGAGAUCAAGACUGGUGUUGAAGGUCUGAUAGGCAACACACCCUUGAUACGCCUCAAUUCACUUAGCUAUGAGACUGGAUGUGAGAUUCUUGCCAAAGCAGAGUUUCUCAACGGCGCAGGAAACUCUCCCAAAGACAGAGUGGCACUGUCCAUGAUCACUCAUGCGGAGGAAGAAGGCCUUCUCGUGCCCAACAGAGGUGACACGAUCUAUGAGGGUACUGUAGGUUCGACCGGCAUAUCGCUCGCCUCCGUGGCACGAGCACGAGGCUACAAAGCACACAUAUGCAUGCCCGACGACGUAGCCAUCGAAAAAAGCGACCUGCUCCUCAAACUCGGUGCCACCGUCGAACGAGUCCGCCCAGCCUCCAUCGUCGACCAGAACCAGUUCGUCAACAUCGCCCGCCGCCGAGCGCAAGAACAUACCGACGAUCCCAACAAGCCUGGACGAGGCUUCUUCGCAGAUCAGUUCGAAAACACGGCCAACUAUCUCGCUCACCAAGAAUCGACAGGACCAGAAAUCUACCAGCAAACCACUGGCAAGCUGGACGCUUUGGUGGCAGGAGCCGGUACAGGCGGUACUAUCGCUGGCGUAGCCCUCGCACUCAAACCUCUCAUGCCGGGAAUGCAAGUCAUCCUCGCAGAUCCACAAGGCUCUGGUCUCUACAACAAGAUCAAAUACGGCGUCAUGUUCAGCUCCACCGAAGCGGAAGGAACCCGCCGCCGGCAUCAAGUCGACAGCAUCGUCGAAGGGAUCGGGAUUAACCGCUUGACAACCAACUUCAAUGCGGGAAUGCAUCUGAUUGAUGAUGCGGUCAAGGUGAGUGAUGAGCAGGCGAUGAAGAUGGCGAGGUGGCUGGUGGAGAAGGAAGGAAUGUUUGUGGGUGCUAGUAGCGCGGUGAAUUGCGUUGCUGCUGCGGUGACGGCGAGGAAGUUGGGGAGGGGAAAGAGGAUCGUCACCGUGAUCUGUGAUUCGGGGACGAGGCAUUUGAGUAAGUUUUGGAAGGAGGCGGGGAUUGUUGGGGGUGAGGGGGUGGAGUUUACAUUGGAUGAGAUAUUGGACGAGGGGGUGAAAGGGGCAUGGAGGGUAUUGAGUGGAGUGAAUGGGACAUUUAUGCCCUGCGGGAAGAGCCGCUAA